AUGCGCUCAUCCACAUCGGCGCUAGUCGCCACCCUCGCCUCCUCACUCUGGCUCGCACGCUCCGCCCUCGCCGACGUCAACCUCUCCCCGGCUCUCAACGCUUCCAACGCAGGCACCCUCUCCGUCACAAUCAGCCCCUCCUACGUCGGCUUCGGUAUCGAACCCUCUGACCUCAUCGUCUACACCGGUUCCACCUCCCCCAACCAGCUCACCUACAACCUCCUCUCCAAUCUCGCAAACUACACCGGCGCACCCCCCCACAUCCGCCUCGGCGGCAAUGCAGGCGACACCAUGCUCUACGACGACUCGGUCACAGGCACCGCCCUCCAGCAAAACGCAAACCCAACCGGCUCCGGCAACGCGAGGCCCUCGGACUACUACACCUUUGGCCCCGACUUUUUAAAAGCACUCAACAACUUCCCGGACGGAACGCCCAUCACCUACGGUCUCAACCUCGCCUACACCGGCGCAGACGCCCUCAACCGCGUCGUCGCACAGGCUCAGGCCGCUUUCGAGUACGUCGGCACCAACCCAAACGGCGCAAAGAUCGUCGGCCUCGAAAUCGGCAACGAGCCAGACCUCUACAUCGACCUCGGCUACCGCCCCCAAAACUGGUCCGUAUACGACUUUGGUAACGAGUGGUCCAGCCGCGCAGAAGCCGUCUACAAGCAGGUGCUCAAGCCAAGGGGCAUCAACUCCAACUACUUUGAGGUAGCCACCACCGCAACCACCGCCACCAAAAACGGUCAGCCCUUCCGCAUCUCCAACCUCGUCAACACUGGCGUCGCCGCCGACAACGGCAUCUACGUCGCAGGCUGGAACCAGCACGACUACUACUACUACGUCAACGUCUCCAACUACCAGCUCACCCUCCCCAUCCUCCUCGACCUCUCCACCACCGUCAGCCAGUUCCGCGAGUGGACCGGUCAGGUCCAGCAGGCCCUCGUCACCGGCAAGCCCUACUACCUCCGCGAGAUGGGCAGUGUCGGCCCCAACGGUCUCCAGGGCAUCAGCGAGACCUUUGCAAACGCUCUCUGGACCUUCAACUUCUUUUUCUUCGCUGCCAGCAUCCAGAUCAGCGCCGUACAGAUGCACAUGACCCAGUACUCGAUCGCGGCCCCGUGGCAGACCAACUACAUGAACGGUCAGGGCCCUCACGUACGUCCCACCUACUACGCCUGGGCCGCCUGGUCCCAGAUCAUCGGCGCCACCUGCAACACCAGGAUCGCACAGGUCUCGCUCAGCAACCAGCCCGGCGCCUACACCAACCGCCUCAACGCCUUUGCCGUCUACCGAGGCAACGCGCUCGGCUCCGUCGUCAUGAUCAACACCCAGCCCUACUACUCGUACAGCGGCAACCCCUCCUACCAGAACUUUGUCCUCAGCCUCCCCGGCCUCGCCGGCCGAACCGUCUGGCUCUCGGUGCUCUCGGCCGACGGCGUCGAGUCCACCUCCAACGUCGUUUGGAACGGCAUCAGCUACGAGCAGUCCGGCAACGGUCAGCCCCGCACCGUCAACGGAACCCAGUGGACCAUGACCGUCGGCUCCGACGGUACGCUCACCGUCCCCGUCCGUGACAGCCAGGUCGUCGUCGCCAGCACCUUCCGCCUCGGCCGCGAGUCGGUCAACACCGCCAACUGUGAGAACCUCGCCAGCGCCGCCCCCGGCACCACCGGCACCGCCACCGGCUCGGGCAACGCAGCUCCCACCUUCAAGUCCACCAGCGGCUUCAAGUCGGACAAGCCGCUCAGCAUGACCGCCAUCAUCGCCAUCGCUGCCGGCGGCGGCGUCUUCCUCAUCGUACUCCUCGGCCUCUUCAUCUGGUGUUGCGUCCGCUCCUGCAAGAAGUCCAACGCUCGCAAGGCUCGUGCAUCGGCCAUGCUCAAGGCUCCCCCGCGUCACGACGACCAUCCGCUCCUCGAGAGGGACUUUGCCGACGAGAGCCACGCAUCCUACCCGGCUUACCAGAACUCGCCCGGCCUCCGCGGCUGGGAGAGCCCCAUGACCUCGGUCAGUCACGGACAGCAGGUGCAUCCCUCCCAGUCCUACCACAACAUGCAGCCCGAGUACGACUAUGCGCCUGCGGGCUACCAUCACUCGCCCCAGCAGCCCCACGCCAUGCACUCGCCCACACCGCAACAGACACAGCAGUACUACCAGCAGCACCCAGCCUACCUGCAGAGCCCGUACCAAAACUACGCUCACCAAUUUGGUCACGGACAGCACGGCAACGGCCACGGCCGCGCCUACUGA